CGCCAUCUAGAGUUUCAUGACUAAACUAUAUAUUUAUUCUUGUUUUUCACAGGCAUGAUUGUUGCUGAGGCCUUCAACAGACAGAAAUGGAUCUACAGUGCCAGUCUAAAGAAUUACUUCAACAUCACGCUGCUCCUGCUUUCUUUUGCGGUGGGCUUGUACCUGCUCCUCAAAGCUCUGGGUGUGGAUCUGCUGUGGACGCUUGAGAAAGCCCAGCGGUGGUGCGUCAAUCCAGCCUGGGUCCACUUGGACACCACGCCGUUCGCCAGCCUGUUGAGGAACAUGGGCACCCUGUUUGGUCUGGGACUCGGUCUUCACUCCCCGCUGUACACUGAAAGCAAGAAGAGCAGCAGUGCUCGAGUCAGGAUGGCCUGUAUCGUCGCCUCUCUGUCUCUGCUGCAUCUCUUCGAUUCCAUCAAGCCUCCCACACACACGGCUGCCCUCUACUACCUGCUGUCUUUCUGCAAGAGCGCCACCGUUCCCCUCGUCACGGUCAGUAUCAUCCCGUACUGCGUGUCCGGAGCCCUCGGUUUACAAAGCAAAAAACAGCUUUGAGCUGAGAAAGAACUGCAAAAGACUGUGAGCAACUACACAAUUACUUAGUGUUUCAAACUAGCAUGUUCAUCCCAUCAGUCGAAGGAACACUGCCAAUUAACAACUUGCCUGUUUAAAUGUGUUUUCUAACUAAGGGAUGCAGACACUUAAGAGUUUAAAUUAAGCACUGUUAUAUUACAAAUUACAAUGGUGCAUUGUGCCUUUGGAUCUACAUGAAAAGGUCUGAAGGUCAUGAAAACAAAAUAAGUGUUAAGUCCUUUUUUGAGAACUGAAAUGAUAAGUAUAUGUAUAUAGGAGGACAAUGUUUGUCCUCCCUAAGAGGUGUACUUUUUUUGAUGUAUUUUCUGUAAUAUUUUAUU